AUGCUCCGGCAAUCAAAACGAGAUCCUAAGCCGAGUCCCGGGAUACCAGGGCACCCAGAUGAGCCGUCAAGCAUUCUUGACACCCUCCCUCACCCGCCGACCGCUGCAACCCGAUCACUAGCCAAAAAGCUCGAAGCACAGGAGAAUUCCAUUCAAGCCCUCCGAGCGGACGUCCAUGCACACACCACAGCUAGAAUAAUGUCGCUCGACGAAUUCGAGUUUGACCCGAAACACCCUUCAGCAGUACCGAAAUCGACGACUUCUAAAACUGAAGCGUCGUCAGCACCAACCACCACGGCACCGCCCAAUACCCUUCCAUUCGAUAACCUAAAAGAACUGAACCGUUACCGCCGACAUACCCAGCAAGAGAAACGACGAGGCACCCACCUCUCUCAGACGUACGAUCCCACCACACUGCUGCACCGGCCGCCGACUGCAGCUGAACUGACCCUCCCGAUGCUGUUGGCUAACCAGACGCAUCUUGGCCAUGCAACUUCAUUGUGGAACCCUUCGAACAGCAGCUACAUCUUCGGCGUGAGAGACGGAAUCCACAUUAUCUCCCUCGAAGUCACGUAUGCGUACCUCAAGCGUGCAGCAAAGGUGGUCCAAGAGGUCGCCCGACGAGGGGGCAUCAUUCUGUUCGUUGCAACGCGCAAGGGCCAGGAGGAGAUCGUGGUGAAUACGGCAAAGUUGGCCGGCGGGUACCACAUCUUUCAUCGCUGGGUGCCGGGAUCCUUGACGAACGGACAGCAGAUUCUGGGCGCCUGCGGCGUCAAGGUCGUGGACAUUCAUGAUCGGGAGAUCACACAGUACCGUAACGCCUUUACAGCCGGCAAUCAUACCGUGAUGCGGCCCGACCUGGUGGUGUGCAUGAACCCGCUCGAGAACCAGGUGUGCCUGCACGAGUGUGGCCUGUUCAACGUGCCGACCAUUGCUGUGAUUGACACGGACGCGAACCCGGCCUGGGUGACCUACCCGAUCCCGGCAAAUGACGAUUCGUUGCGGUCUGUUGCCCUCAUUGGCGGAGUGCUGGGCCAGGCUGGCAAGGAGGGCCAGAGACUGCGCAAGCUGGAAGCCAUGCGCGGCAGCGCGACAUAUCCGACCGAUCACGUCCAUUCGACGUUGGAAGCUAUCCAGACGAUAGCAGCUAUGGACGUGCAGGAGCCGGAGAAGGCCAGUGAGCGGGACUGA